AACGCCGAUACGCGUGCUCCUUUUUUACUAAAAGAAUAAAAAUCGUAAAUGUUUCAUUUACCUCGAUAUAUAAAAUGUUUUUUAUAUAUCGAGUUGAUGAUUUAUAUUACUUCACGCGGUAAAUCUGAAGAGUCUCUUCUUUUACAUUCAACUCGAUAGAUAAAUUGCUACUGAUAUAUCGAUGCUGUACGUAUUCAAAAACGUGAAGAUUACCGAAGAUUACGGAACACAUAACCUACAAUUGAAGUUGACAAUGGCAAGAGUCGUGUUAUGGCUCUUCUUAAAUUUGUUAAAUCGCAUAAUAUUGCAUUAUUAAAUCGUAUAAUAUCUUGUAAUCUGACACUUAAAAGUGCAGUUAGCAGUUUCUUUAAACCGAGUGUUUCUUGUUUGGUGAUAAGGUGGUACUGUUCACAGCACACCAUGAAAGUCCUCAAUGUUGCCGAAAAGCACGACGCUGCUAAAAAUAUCGCUGGUUAUUUAUCACGCGGUACCGGUAGAAAGAGAGAGGGUUUAUCCGUCUACAAUAAAAUCUUUGACUUUAAUGUACAAUUAUGGGGCCAAAAUUGCCAAAUGGUGAUGACAUCUGUGUCUGGUCAUUUAUUAAAUCACGAGUUUGUGGGAGCGUAUCGCAAAUGGCAGGGCUGUCAUCCGUUAAGCUUGUUUGAUGCUCCAGUAUCCAAACAAUGUCCUGAAGAUUACGUAAAAAUCAAGAAAACCUUGGAGCGAGAAAUACGAUCUUGCAACGCGCUGAUUGUUUGGACAGAUUGUGACAGAGAAGGCGAGAACAUAGGCUUCGAGAUUAUACAGGUCUGUCAAGCAAUCAAACCUAAUAUUCGUAUAUACAGAGCAAAAUUUUCGGAAAUUACGAGACAAUCUGUCGAUAGGGCUCUGCACACUUUGCAGGAGCCAGAUAAGGCAAUGAGCGAUGCUGUAGACGUAAGAAGCGAACUAGAUUUAAGAAUUGGUGCUGCAUUCACGAGGUUUCAAACCUUGAGAUUGCAAAAAGUCUUUCCUAAUACACUUGGAGACAUGCUCAUCAGUUACGGAAGUUGUCAAUUUCCAACGCUUGGAUUUGUGGUCGAGAGAUUCUUAGCUAUCGAUCAGUUUAAAUCCGAGCCAUACUGGAAGAUAAAAGUGACCGACGAUCGCGACGGCAUAUGUGUAGAGUUCAGAUGGAGCAGAGUACGAUUAUUCGAGAAGAUGCCUUGCCAGAUCUUUCUGGAUAUGUGUUUGGAACGGCCAGAAGCUACGGUGGAGAAAGUAACGUCCAAACCGAAGAGUAAAUGGAGACCGUUGCCUCUAGACACUAUUGAACUGGAGAAGCAAGGCUCCCGUAAAUUACGUCUAAACGCGAAGGAAACGAUGAGGAUAGCGGAGAGAUUGUACAUCCAGGGUCUCAUCAGUUAUCCACGCACGGAAACCAAUAUAUUUCCAAAGGAAUUAAAUCUGGGAUCGUUAGUGGAGCAACAAGUGAACAAUGAGGCAUGGGGUGGCUUUGCGCGGGGUUUAUUGGGCACCGGAAUAUCUCCCAGGCAAGGGAAGAAAAGUGAUCAAGCGCAUCCCCCUAUUCAUCCAACUAAAUACACUGACACUUUGCAAGGAAACGAAGCGCGAGUCUACGAAUUCGUGGUGCGGCAUUUCUUGGCUUGCCUGUCGAAGAACGCGGAGGCUCGGGAAACGACGGUGGAAAUCAAUAUAGCGGGGGAAAAAUUCACGGCCAACGGUCUGGAAAUCAUAGCGAGGAAUUAUCUCGAUGUGUACAUAUACGACAAGUGGGAGAGCAAGCAGAUUCGCGCGUACGAACAGAGGCAGGUCUUCAGGCCGACCAGCAUAGAUAUGGUGGAGGAGAAGACCUCGCCACCGAGUUUAUUAACUGAAGCUGAAUUGAUCGCGCUGAUGGACAAGCACGGCAUUGGUACGGAUGCCACUCACGCCGAGCAUAUCGACACCAUCAAGUCCAGACAAUACGUGGGGUUGCCGGACAAUCAGCAUUUUAUGCCGGGCAAGUUGGGCAUCGGUCUGGUCAUGGGUUACGACAACAUGGGUUUCCAGAUGUCCAAGCCACACCUGCGCGCAGGCCUCGAAAAGGAUUUACAACUGAUAUGUCAGCGACAGAAAGAUCCAGGUGAGGUAUUACAGGACCAGAUUAAUACAUACCGCGAAGUGUUCAGGGUGGCGAUGGAACGCGCGAACCUGAUAGACGACGCUUUGGCACGCCACCUCGACGAGAGGCCCAUUCAAACCGAGCAAGCGCAACUGGCACCAGCAGGGGACAUCACUAUCUUCAAAUGCCCGAAAUGCGGCUCUAACAUGGUCUUAAAGGACAGGAGGCAAGGAAGAGGGAAGUACAUCAGUUGCAUGGGCUAUCCGUCGUGUACCAAUGCGAUCUGGUUGCCAGAGGCUGUGGAGGAUGUCGAGAUCCUGAACGAAACGUGUACUCAGUGUACGGGAAACAUGCGGAAAUUACGAUUCAAAUUAGUUAGGAAUGUGAUACCUUUGUACGGUACUUCUUACACGACUUGCAUAGGCUGUGAUACUACGUUCAAUGAAAUGUUGAAUAUAAAAGAGGAUUGCGUGAGGCAAACUGGAAGAGCGGCACUUACCGAUCACCAUAACACGAGGGACAACUCGUCGGGCACAACGUUUACCACGACCACAUCCCAGUCGCAAAAUGCUCGGCAACAACGGCCAACAAUUUCCGGCAAUAUGCGGUAUCCUGCUUCAAGUAGAGGCUAUAGCGGCUCGAUCGGAACUUCCAGCACAUCCGAUAGACGCGCGCAAAACCAACCGAGUAGAGCAAAUAAGCCAAACACCGGCAGUAGAAGCGCGACGGUAUCGGACGAUGAAGACUAUAGUUCGUGGAUUAGUACGAAUGACUUUAACAGCUCGGAGAACAGAUCAGGCCAGUCUAGAAAUCCUCGUAACACGAACAACAGAACUAAUACGUGGGGUAAUAUUGACAACGACGCUGAGGUCAUGUGUAACUGUCACGAAACCGCGAUCCAGUUAACAGUAAGGAAGGAAGGCCCGAAUAAAGGACGCCUGUUCUACAAGUGCGCUAAACCACAAGGCACCGGCUGCGACUUUUUCUUGUGGGCAACCGAUAGCGUUGAACCCCGGGGUAACACGACGAGCGACGAUUCAAGCUGGACAUCCAGUGUAAAUAGAAACCACGGAAGUGCCGGUUCGCUUCCUCGCGGUGGUGGUGCCUCUAAUAACGAUUGGGGAAACGCGUCGACGAGCAGUGUUACAUGCCACUGCGAUCAACCUGCUCGAAAGUUGACGGUUCAAAAAGAUGGUCCUAAUAAGGGACGACAAUUUUACGGAUGUCCAAAAGGCAUGAACUCCACUUGCAACUUCUUCAAGUGGGCGGACGAGGACGACGCUGAUAAUGAAAAUACAGAUUGGAGCAAUUCUGCUGCGGCUAGAAGAGGGAACCAAACGCGUAAUAGAGGUGGAGGCAGUGCUCCUAAAAGGCCCAGACUCGCUGGCGGCGGGAGAAAGUGUGGAAUCUGUGGAAUCGAAGGUCAUACAAGGACUAGAUGUCCAGAAAAUAUGAGGGAUUGACGAACGUACUUCUUUUGACACAAUAUUGUAAAUAUUGUACAGUUAAUAUUUGAGACUGGAGUUAUAAAAAGCCUAAUUAGAAGGAAACAGUGUCAGAAAUGGCUUUUUUCUAAGACUUAAUUAUCAUUAUCUUCAUAAGUACAUAUUCAUAAGGACAGAA